GUUUUAUUACACUGAACAUUCACCAAGCAAAGUGUUCUCCUUCUCCACGCGAGAGAUCGAUCAGACCAGGGAAGCUUAGCCAUGGUUGGACCAGGAAGACCUCAAAUCGUCCUUUUCGGUUCUUCAAUCGUUCAGUACAGCUUCAUCAAUGGUGGCUGGGGAGCCUCUCUCGCUGACGUCUACUCUCGCACGGCUGACAUCAUCCUUCGUGGUUAUGGUGGUUGGAACUCUAGAUAUGCCUUAAAGGUCCUUGACCAAGUCUUCCCAAAGGAUGCUGUAGUACAACCUUCUUUGGUGAUAGUCUACUUCGGUGGGAAUGAUUCAAAGGCUCCUCAUCCAUCAGGCCAUGGACCUCAUGUUCCUCUAUCUGAAUUCAUUGAAAACAUGAGGAAGAUUGGGGAGCAUCUUUUGAGCCUUUCGGAUAAGACCCGUGUCAUUUUUCUCUCUCCCCCACCAAUGAAUGAGACACAAAUCCAAUUAGUUUUUGGAAAUGCAAUAAAAGGACGGAGUAACGAAGUUUGCCGUCCAUAUGCAGAAGCGUUGUUGAAUCUAUGCAAUGAGAUUAAUGUAAAAAGUGUUGAUCUUUGGAACGCAAUACAGCAACAAGAUGAUUGGUUGAACACCUGCUUCACAGAUGGGAUCCAUUUCACAGCCAAGGCAAGCGAGGUUGUCGUGAAGGAGGUAUUGAAGGUAGUGAAAGAAGCGGAUUGGAAACCGAGUCUUCACUGGAAGUCGUUACCAAUUGAGUUUCCCUUUGAUUUUGGUGUACCAAACUCCCUAAGCCUUUGUGAGAUAGAGUUAAUGAGAAACGACCAAUUGGAGCCACCCCCCUAGUGCGACUCUACUGUAAAACGUUUAUAGAACAUGCUACUGGAAUGGUGUACCAGUUUCACGCUUUAUUUGCAUGCUUUGUUUUGAACCGUUGUCUUCGGAUCAUAACAAGGUCGUUGAAUAACAUGUAAGAUUAUAAUGUAAGUUCAAAUAUGUGGGGUUUCAAGUACUUUAGGUGUCGUAUUUCACAAAUAUAUCCCGCAGUUUUGACAUGGGCUGACAGUGCAAAACCAUUGGAUCCCACAAAUUUGUUGUAAGUUUGAAAGCCCUACAAAGUCUUAAAUUGUGACUCAAACUUUCAAAUUAUUUGUACAAAUAUUUUAUUUUUAUUCUAGUUUGUCUAUAGGCUCAUAAUUAUUUUGAACCCGGCUAGAUAUAUGUUUUAUUUCUUUUGUGUUGAAUGAUUACUUUUUUAUUAAACCUCUCUCGAGAUUGUUAUUGACAUUCUGAUAGAUUUAGAGAUAUAUACAAGUUAAUGUACGUAAUAUGCAAUAGAUCUGAAUCAUUUGAUAUUAUGUUAUCGACAUUUUGAUAGAUUUAGAGAUAUUAUGUUAUAUUGCACAAUAAUUUAUUCUUUCUCCAGACUAGUGUAUAAUUAAGGUUUAGAGUUAGGUUUAGAGUUGAAAGGCUGAGUAAGGUUUUUUUGAAUGUAGAGUCUAUGGUUCUAAUUAAUAUAUGAAUAAAUACUUUAAUUUUUUAAAAAAUUGUUCAAAUUGUGGAUGUGAACGGAGGACGUAUCAGAGUGUUUGUGUUAACUUUAAUAUACAUAUAUCUUUUGUACUUAAAUAUUAUUAUAUUGUUGUUUAAUUAUUAUUUAUAUUCAAAGUUGUUUUGUUUCUUAUUAUAUAUUUUUAAACAAUAUUGAAUAUUGUUUUGUAUUAAAAAUAUUUUCAGUGCGGAUAAAAUGAUUAGUAGUACAAUAAGUAAUUAAUUAUCAUAAAUAUAAUAUAAAUGGACUAAUUAUUUUUGGACAGAAAAUUUGAUAUAUGUUUUAAUACUUACUAAAAGUUAAAAUUGUUUUAUAUUGAUUUUAUAUCUUAUUAUUUGUGUUGAAUCUUAUUUUGUAUUGGAUGUAUUUAGUAAGGCGGAUAAAAGUUUGCAAUUCAACAAAUAUGUAAUUGUUUGAAGUUGUACUUACUUUUAUGUCAAUUUUAUAUUGUUUAUGUUCACAAACAUGCUUUUUUGAAAUUAGUUAUUAUAAAUAAUAUAAAUGGAUAACUUACUUUUGGACAUCUCAAAUUAGUAUAUGUUUUAAUAUUUAUUAAAUUUUAAAAAUGAAGACUGAAUGUCUAUGUUUUAAUUAAUUGUCUAUUUUUAAUGAAGAGUAGUUAAGAUAUGUUGUUCUUUAAAACAAUUACUAAUGAUGAUUAUAUAUAAAUUAAUUGAUUGUUUAUGUAAGGAAAUAUUUUGUUCAAAUAUGUAAGCGUGAUAUUAUGUAAAAUAAUAAUUAAUGAUGAAAUAUAUAAUUCGUUAGAUUCUUAAUGGUAUUUGUUGUAAUUAAACUGUUAAUCUAAGGGUUAGUUCAUUUUUGUACUUUAGUUUUAAUAAUAUAUAUGAAUUAAAUAAAAAUAUAUUGGUUAUUUGAAAGUAGUAUUGGGUUGCGGGUUAAACAUGUCCCCCUUGAUCCGGCAAUUUACGGGUUGACUGAUUUUUUUUAUUCAAAAAUUUGACCAGUAAGAAGAAAAUAUAAAAUCCACACCCGUCCACUCAAUAAUAAGUAAUAUUAUUUUACAUAUUUUUAUAAAAUAAUAAUAAAAAAAUCUAUUUAUAAUUAAAAUUAAAUAACAGUUUGUAAUUUUUUUAAAUAGUUGUUAUUCAUUAACUUUUGUAUUAUAAUUUUUGUAGGUUAGCGGUUAUCCACAGUUAAACUUUGGCUGAUUUUCACUAUCCCGAAUAAAAAACACUCGAAUUUGUACCUGCAAAUCAAUUUUUUUCAAAUCAUCGAUCAAUAUCCGCUCCGCGACAAAUGAAAUGAGACGGGCCCGCAGAUAAUGAUUCAGAUGUCCAGUCUUAUUUGAAAGGGUAAGAAAAAUAUUUUAUAUUAAAAUGUAAAAUGACAUUUUUAAAAACAAAAAAACUCAACUUUUUAAAAAGUGGAAGGAGUACAUAAAAUCCAAAAUAUGGAAUUCCCCAUACACACAUAAUUCAAUACUAAUGAAAAAAAAAAAAGAAA